AUGACCUCCAUCGCCCUCAAGUCCUUCCUCGGACUCCGCCAGUCCUCACCAGAAACCACCCAUUUCUCCUACCGCCCAAAACCGAUCACCCACCGCCGAAAAUUCACCGUCGUUGCAGGAAUAACCAGCCCAAAACUCGAUGGUCGUAACCUCCGUGUCGCCGUCAUCGGCGGUGGUCCAGCAGGUGGUGCAGCAGCAGAAACUCUAGCAAAAGGUGGCGUUGAAACCUUCCUCAUAGAACGCAAAAUGGACAACUGCAAACCAUGCGGUGGAGCCAUCCCUCUUUGCAUGGUAGGGGAGUUUGACCUACCACUAGACAUCAUAGACCGCCGUGUCACAAAGAUGAAGAUGAUUUCUCCGUCGAAUGUCGCCGUCGACAUUGGUCGGACACUUAAACCUCAUGAGUAUAUUGGAAUGGUACGUCGUGAAGUGCUUGACGAUUACCUUAGGAACCGGGCUAAAGAUAACGGAGCGAAUAUCAUAAACGGGUUGUUUUUGAAAAUGGAUAUUCCUAAAGAAAAGAAUUCGCCUUAUGUUCUUCAUUAUUCUUCCUAUGAUGGGAAAACGGGAGGGGUUGGUGAAAAAUGUACCUUGGAAGUUGAUGCUGUUAUUGGCGCUGAUGGAGCUAAUUCUAGAGUUGCUAAGUCUAUUGAUGCUGGUGAUUAUGAAUAUGCUAUUGCAUUUCAGGAGAGGAUAAAAAUUCCGGAUGAUAAAAUGGCUUAUUACGAGGAUCUUGCGGAGAUGUACGUGGGCGAUGAUGUUUCUCCUGAUUUCUAUGGUUGGGUAUUUCCAAAGUGUGACCAUGUUGCUGUUGGUACUGGUACCGUGACACACAAGGGAGACAUCAAGAAGUUCCAACUAGCAACAAGGAAAAGAGCCGAGGAGAAGAUCUUAGGUGGGAAGAUCAUCCGCGUGGAGGCUCAUCCUAUUCCAGAACAUCCAAGGCCACGGAGAUUGUCAGGAAGGGUUGCGCUUGUGGGCGACGCUGCUGGCUACGUGACCAAAUGUUCGGGAGAAGGAAUCUAUUUUGCAGCCAAAAGUGGAAGGAUGUGUGCCGAGGAAAUUGUGAAGGGUUCUGCAAACGGGAAGAGGAUGGUUGAAGAAGGUGAUUUGAGAAAAUACUUGGAGAAGUGGGACAAGACUUAUUGGCCUACUUACAAAGUUUUGGAUAUUCUUCAGAAGGUGUUUUACCGGUCCAAUCCUGCUAGAGAAGCGUUUGUGGAAAUGUGCGCGGAUGAGUAUGUGCAGAAGAUGACAUUUGAUAGCUAUUUGUACAAGACUGUUGUACCUGGGAAUCCAUUGGAGGAUAUCAAGUUGGCUAUCAACACCAUUGGAAGCUUGGUUAGGGCUAAUGCUCUAAGGAGGGAGAUGGACAAACUCAAUGUCUGA